GGGGCCAGUGAUGAUGAUAACUAGCACCGUUUUUCGCCACAUAAACGAAAAAAAAAAUCAACAACGGUCUAUGAUAAGGUCUGAAAACAAAUUGAAAUAAAAUCAAUUUGAAACCCGGUUCAAAAUAUGUCUCCCGAAGUAUAUGUUGUUGCUGAAAAAGUGUUGACUAUCCGGUUUUGGAUUUCUUCUUGGGUUAUCGAAUACGGUUUUUUUCUUCUUCUAUAAAAUCUUUGUGUAAAUAGAUGUUUGGAACUGGUAUUUGUGCUAUCGCAAUAUUAAGAUCAUUCCACUAGUUUGGUUCUGUAUUUAUUUUUUGCUUCCAUUGGUAUCAAUUUGGUUUGGUGUUGGUUAAUUCAAUUGUGAAUCGCUUGAAUUGCGAGCAAUUAUUUACAUACGGAAUCAUGUCUGCGUUACAAUUGCAGACGAGCAACAAAAAAAAAUAGUGAAACAAGCUCAUGCUACAGCAUCAAGAAUGAGAUAAACCAAAUGAAGAAGCUGGAUUUAUUGCUUGAAUGGUUUUGGUGCUCGUGUACAACACUAUGUUAAACACACACAUGUGCACGUGCUUACAUACAUAUAUAUUUCUUGUUUUGGUUCGGGAUUUGACUUAGAACGGACUAGCACAUUUAUAUGUCAAAAGUUUUGGAAAUAUAUAUAUCAGCUAUUCACACUUAUACACACAAACUGAUUGGAAUGAAUGACUGAACUGAAAAAUACAGUACGAAAACGACGACGAAGAAGAAGAAGAAGAAGACAACAACAACGACCAAGUCAAAGCUGGAAUCACUUUGCGUUUCUUUGUACACAUUGAAAGAAGCAUUUCUUGUUUUCUUUUUUCGGUGUAUUCAGUGGUGGCGUCCAAAUCAUGGUCAAUGUAAACGAAUGAACACAACAACUAAAACGACAACCGACGAAUUAUGUCUGUUGACUUUAAAUUAAAGCCAGAGCAAUUUAUCGACUUCAGUUUAUCGCCGGAGCUCGUGUUCAGAACUUGGCUCUGCCAAUAACUGCGAACAUGUAAAAGAUAGAGCGGAUGGGUAGCACUAACACCAUUUUUGAAACUGAAUUAAAUAUUAACUUAUUCGUUUGAUAAUUAACUUUGUGAAGUAAAAUUCACUUGGCCUGCGCACAUACAUACAUGGUGCGGCGAACAGUGCUAUUUUCGGUAGUGCCAAAUUGAAGGAAAAGAAACUGUAUCAAAAGUAAAUUUCAUUGAACUUAUUAGCGUUCCAAAACCGUUUUUGUGCUAAAUCGACAUUUUCAAUUAAAACCAAUUGAGAGAGAGAGAGAGAGAGUACGGUAGCUAUUCUCACACAGACAUCAUGAAAAAGCUUACAUUUUCUGGGGCAUUUACGACGCUUCUGGUAUUAGCAACAAUUACUGCAAAUGUCGGAGGUCAACGUCGUAUGCCAAUUCGGAUGCUACUUGAACGCCUUCAAGCACCGGGAAAUGAAGCAAGACAAUUUAAUCAAGCUGGAUCACAGAGUCAAGCUCAAAGCAACGCAUUGACCAAUGCAAUUAAUAUCGGUGGCAUUCCAAUUACAAAUACGGUAUCAGGAGCAGAGUCGGCGUCAUCGAGUGGAGUGGCAUCGGGGAAUAUAAACGAACAAUUCAAUUUGGGCGGGUUUGGCGUUAAUGCUGGCAUAAAUAGCCAGGGAGUGGGCAAUGGAUUUGGUAUAAAUAGAACACCAGGUCAAUUGGGCGUUAAUUUGGGUGGAUUAAACUUUGGCCUAAGCAACCAAGGUGGAUUGUUUGGUGGUGCUCAAAAUACGCAAACACAAACAUCGGCAUCGUCAACAGCGAGCGGUCAAGGUGCAACUUCAACGUCAACAUCGAAUACACAAUCGCAUGGCUAUAAUUUGGGAAAUUUACUCAAUAUUCAGAAUACACUAUCCAACUCACAAGCACAAUCAGCAUCGUUGAAUGGCCAGACUUCGGCUACAGCUGGGGCAAACGCAGCUUCACAGACCACUAAUUCAAAUCAAGGAUUCUAUCAACCAGGUGCGCCACAUCGCUUCGGAUUUCUAAACUCUGGACGGAGUUAUCUAACUAAUCCAUUACUUAUAGCAGGACAACCAUUCAAUCAGCAGCAAAAUUUCGGAAAUCCAUUCUAUCAACAAUUCGGAUAUCCGAAUUACAGCCCAAAUUAUCCAAAUUAUUCGCAACAGCCUCCACAUCAUCACCAUCCAUCGUUCCCGCAACAGCCAUUCCCACAACAGAAUUUCCCUCAGCAACCUUUCCCUCAACAGAUCUUCCCUCAGCAACCUUUCCCUCAACAAAAUUUCCCACAGCAACCAUUUCCACAACAGUAUCCAGGCCAACAAUACCCGGGUCAGCAAUAUCCAGCUUUGAGCAACAAGCAGCCAAAUGACGCCAAUCAAGGUCAAACAAACCAAGGAAAUGCACAAAAUGGUUUGAGCCCAGAAUUUCAAGAUAUUCUGAAUCAACAAAAUGGACCAAAUCAACCGAUUCCAACUCCUACUCUGGUUCAAGGUGGCGGCGCAAAUCAACCAAAUCAACCUUCAAUAGAUCAAGGUGGCGGUAAUAAUGUUCAAACUCCAAUUGGUUCGGAUACCGCAGGCGGUGAUUACGACUUAGAUGUGAGGAUUGAUGAACUUUUCAACAAAACAACAACAACAACGCAAACUCAGCAAACAACAACUCAUACUAAGGCAAAGAGAAGUGUAGAUGAUGCUGAAGAGCCAGCGCCACAAAUCCGUUCAAAUCGUCAAAGGCGACAUAGGCAUCACCAUGAACACAGACAUCAUCAUCACCGCGGUGGGUCACCAAAUGAUGGUUUUGGACCAGGAGGUGGUUUUGAUGAUCCAUCACAAGGCCCACCGCAAAACCUUAACCCAUAUCAACAGCAAAAUGCCAAUGGAAACGCUGUUGCCCAAAAUAAAAAUCCGCUUUUCAACCAAAAUGCCGGAGCUAACACACAAUCCGCAAAUGUUCAAAAUCAAGACGGAAAUUUCCAAAACAACGGUGCUUCAAGCAUUGGAUCUAACAUUGCUAACGAUGGUUCUCGUGGUCAAGUGAGCGCAGCAAACACUGAUCAACAGAGCUAUAACACAGCUCAAGGUUCUGGACAAAAAAAUAACGCGCAAAGUCAGUCGGCGAAUUUCGAUCAAAACGGCAACUUGUUGGCCAAUUCGGCGAACAGCGGCAAUCAACACACGAUUGGACCGAAUGGAGAACGAAACCAAGGAUUUGGUUCAUCCAAUUCGAAUUUGCAAAAUCAAUUUGGAAACCAAAACAGCGGCAGUCAAACAAAUACAGAAACCUUCAACGAAAAUGGAGUACAAGGAUCGAAAUCUUCGUCUUCGAGCUUUUCAUCUUCAGUGAACAAUGGCAAUCAAAGAGGCAGACGAAGUGUUGAGGAACCAAAGCCACACGUUCUCACAAACCGUCAGAGACGACAUGCUCAGAAUUAUCCCGGUUUUAAUCAAUUUCAACCGACAAACUUUGGCUUCCAUCAACAAAAUGCAAAUGGAAACGCGUUAGCCCAAAAUCAAAAUCCAUUUUCCAAUCAAAACGCAGGCGCUAAUACACAAACGUCAAACAUUCAAAAUCCAUUCGGAAAUUUCCAGAACAAUGGUGCUUCAAGCAUUGGAUCUAAUAUCGGGAACAAUGGGCAAUUUGGUGAAGUGAGUGCUGCAAACACUGCGCAGCAAGGCUACCAAACGGCUCAAGGAUGGGGAAACCAAAACAAUGCUCAAGGUCAAUCGACAAAUUUUAAUCCAUUUGGACUGCAAGCAAAUUCAGCAAAUAGCGGCACGCAACAAAUCUUUGGACCAAAUGGCGAACGAAAUGAAGCAAACAGUGGCUCAAAUUCAAAUUUACAAAAUCAAUUCGGAAAUUUAAACAGUGGCACUCAAACUAUGACAUCAACAUGGGAUGAAAAUGGAAACAAAGGCUCAUCAUCAUCGGCAUCGAGUCAUUCGUCAUCGGUAUAUAAUGGCAAUCAAAUAAAGAAACGCAGUGUUGACGACAAAGAUGAUGAACCAGCGCCACGAGUACUAACAAAUCGUCAAAUACGUCAAAAAAGACGCCAUCAUCAUCAUGGUGGUGGGCCACCAUUUGGCGGUGGUUUCCCAGGUCAACCUCAAUUUGGUGGUGGAUUCAAUCAAUUUCAACCGCCAAACUUUGGUUUCCAACAACAAAAUGCAAAUGGAAAUGCGUUAGCCCAAAAUCAGAGUCCAUUCUCAAACCAAAAUGCCGGAGCUAAUACGCAAACGUCAAAUGUGCAAAAUCAAUUUGGCAAUUUCCAAAAUAACGGUGGAUCAAGCAUUUCAUCAAAUAUCGCCAACGGUGGUUUGGCUGGUGAUGUGAGUGCAGCAAAUACCAAUCAACAAAGCUACCAAACAGGUCAAGGCUUUGGAGAUAAGAACAAUGCACAAAGUCAAUCGGCACAUUUCGAUCAAUUUGGAAACUUGGACACAUCAAAUGCCAACAGCGGCACACAACACACGUUCGGACCAAAUGGUGAUCGCAAUCAAGCGUUCGGCUCAUCGAAUGCAAAUCAACAAAACCAACUCGGAAGCUCAAAUAGUGGAAGCCAAACCAAUACUGAAACUUUUAAUGAGAAUGGUGUAAAAGGUGAAAAAGCAUCAUCGUCAAGCUUUUCGAAUGUUGUAAACAAUGGCGGUGGCAAUGGAAAUUUCGGAACCGAUUCCAAUUCCAACUCGGGUAUUGGAAAUAAUGGGGCAUUCGGAAAUUCGGGAGCUAAUGCGGGCGGUGCUUUUUUUGGUGGUUUUCCACAAGAUUUUGGUAGGUAUAGACGAGCGGCAAAAGAUGCGUUAGUUUUUCCAAAAGAAGAAGGUGAAUCGGUAAAGAAAGACGACAACGUGCAACCUGAAGCUCCAAAACCAAAUGUGACCAAAACUGAAGGUGGAAAACCAGGAGAAGCAGCUGGAGGAGUUGAAUCACGAUUCGGAUUUUUCGGCGGCGAUGGCGGCGGCGGUGUUGGACCAAUCAGGGGUUUGGUGCGUGAAGUUAUAGGCGGCUUGAUACGAGGUGGUGCACCACCAGUUGAUGAACGACAAUAUUAUGGUGCUUACAAUAACGGGCCUGGUUACGGUCAGAGACCACCGUACGAAAGGCCACCAUAUGAACGUCCGCCAUAUGGAAGACCACCACCAUAUGAACGUCCGCCAUAUGGAAGACCACCACCAUAUAACCCAUAUCAAGAACAUCAUCACCAUGGACGACCUGAAUAUUACCCACCAGGAUCACCGUCUGAACACCAUCAUCAUCAACCAGAACCACAUUAUCCACAACCAGGUGGAGGCGAAAGUUAUCCACAACAAGGAGGUGGUCAACAAGUCUACCCAAAUCAAAAUGUGCCACAAAAUCAAGUGCCAGUCGUACCAAAUCAACCGUAUCAACAACAACAACAACAACAACAACAACAACAACAAGCGAAUGCAAAUGGUGUAGCUCAGAAUCAAAAUCAAUUAUCCAACCAAAAUGCUGCAUCAAACACACAAACGUCAAAUGUACAAAAUCAAUUUGGCAAUUUCCAAAAUAACGGUGGAUCAAGUAUUUCAUCGAACUUGGCCAACGAUGGAUCGUCUGGGCAAGUAGGCGCUGCAAAUACUAAUCAACAAAGCUAUCAAACAGCUCAAGGUUCUGGAGAAAAGAACAAUGCACAGAGUCAAUCGGCAAAUUUUGAUAAAAACGGAAAUUUGGGAACAUCAUCAGCCAACAGUGGUACACAGCACACAGUCGGACCAGAUGGCGAACGCAAUCAGGCAAACGGUGCAGCGAAUGCACAUCAGCAAACGCAAUUUGGUGUUUCAGAUAGUUCUGCACAAACUAAUGCAGAGACAUACAAUCAGAAUGGUGUGUCUGGAAACAAAGUAUCCGGCCAAUCAACAUCAUCACAGCAUGGUGCUGAUGGAUCACAGUCACAGUCAACGAGUGGUUCAAAAACCGAAACUUUCCAAGGCCCAAAUGGCAUACAGGGCACUUCCUCAUCUAGUCAUUCAUCUUCGCAGAAUAUCGGAAACGGUGGAAAUGUAGGCACAUCAUCUUCAUCGGGAUCGGGAACGAGCCCAUAUGGCAAUCAAGCGUUCAGCAACAGUGGCUCAUUCAAUCAAUCACCGCUCGGUGGUGGUGGCACCCAAACCAAUUCAUUCAGCGGUUCAAAUCAAUUCGGAUCGAAUGCUGGAGCCAAUUCAAAUUCGUAUAAUAAUCAAUACAAUCGGCCGGAUCAAUUUGUUUUCUCAAAAUAAUGUAAAUAACAAAAUAGUACGCUCUCAUGUUAGCUAUUAGAACACAUUUUUUUUAUAAUAUUGAAAACCUUAAGAAGUGAUCAAUUUCGCGAUUUCUUCUUUAAAUAAAACAAAAUGAUAAGAGAA